GAUAUAUAUGGAUUGACUUCCAACUUAGAAAAGACCUUUCUCAAAUUGCAUCUGCCUUCUCUUUAAUCUGGGGAUAAUUUGCCAAAGAUUGUAGAAGAUGCAAGAUUUGGUUUGUGGAUAACACCCUUCACUAUGUAGAGAUUAUUAGUUUUUCUCGAAGCUCUUCUCGUUCUUGUCGUUCCCCAUCAAUUUGAAAUCUAUUUGCUUCCAACUAGUGGUUUGUUUGAUGAAUAGAUGAGUGAGGAUCUGCAUCUUUGAAAGGCUUGAAAUUCAUGCUGUUUUGGAUGUGGAAAGUCGUUGAGGCGUGCUUGUCGUGUAUUCUAUUCAUCGUCGUGUUGGUUUUUGGUUUGUUUAUCACCUGACUUCUGCUAAAGCUUUUGCACCUUUCCUACCCUAUGAUUGCAGUUUUAGUAUCUGACAUUGCGAAUUCUAAGCUUAAUAUGGACCCGGACGAGAGGCUAUGUGCAGAAACGUGGGCAAAGUCUUCAUCGGGUCAUGAAUCACUCAACACGGAUUCAAAUAACCGACCUUUCACAGAUUUUAAUAGACAUCACCCGAAGUGGGAAGAAUCCUCAUUCAAUGGCUGUGUUGUAAGGACCUCCGACCAACAAUUUUCUGGUUUCGAAGGGUCAUUUGCGUCUGACGUUGAUAGCCAGAGGCAAAAGAAGGAUCUUCAUGGUAAGCAGAUACCCGAGGCUCAUGAGUCGGGUAAUAUGCAGAGUUGGGAUCCGAGCGCCAUGCUGAACAAUCUCUCUUUUUUGGAGAAGAAGAUUCAUCAGCUUCAGGAUUUGGUCCAGUUAGUUGUCGGGCGCAGAGGCCAAGCUAUGAACCAAGCAGACGAGAUCUUGGUUCAGCAACAGCAGCUUAUCACGGCUGAUCUCACCUCGAUUAUAGUUCAGCUGAUAUCCACUGCAGGGAGUCUUCUCCCGUCUUUGAAGAACUCCGAGAGUUUGGCUAGCCAGCUCGGGCAAUUUGGUGGUAUCGCGACUCAAUUAGCCGGAGUUACUGAUAAUAUUGUCCAUAACAAGAUUGAGGAUCGCCAUGAUCCAACGGGCGUUUCUGAGGAUCAUGAUAUGAAGAGCGAUGACGAUGCUGAAGAAGGAGAGAAUCUCCCUCCCGGCUCGUAUGAAAUCCUGCAGCUCGAGAAGGAGGAGAUUCUCGCGCCUCACACCCAUUUCUGCACAAUCUGCGGGAAGGGGUUCAAGAGAGACGCCAAUCUGCGGAUGCACAUGAGAGGCCAUGGCGACGAGUACAAGACUCCGGCAGCUCUAGCCAAGCCCCAUAAGGAAUCGAGCUCGGAUCCAAUCUUCAUCAAGAGGUACUCCUGCCCUUGCGUCGGCUGCAAGCGCAACAAGGAUCACAAGAAGUUUUUGCCUCUUAAGACGAUCUUGUGCGUGAAGAACCACUACAAGAGAACCCACUGCGACAAGAACUACACCUGCAGCCGCUGCCACACGAAGAAAUUCUCAGUCAUUGCAGAUCUGAAAACGCACGAGAAGCAUUGUGGGAGAGACAAGUGGCUUUGCUCGUGUGGUACGACCUUCUCUAGGAAGGAUAAGCUCUUCGGCCACAUUGCCCUCUUUCAAGGCCACACCCCGGCCAUCCCUCACGAAGGGGCCAGGCCGUCCGAUCAAGGGCAAAGCAAGAGUGAAGCAACAAACAAAGUCGAACAACUGGACUUCAACUCGUGUCAAGGUUUAAUGGAGGUAGAAAGGUCCAGUGACGACCCAUCAAACUAUUUCUCGCCGUUGGGUUUUGACACGAGUAGCAUGGCCGGAUUUCAAGAAUUCCCCCGACCUCUAUUUGAGGACGCAGAGAGCUCCUUCUCGUUCUUUCUCUCUGGUUCUGGCGACUACUCUCCGAAGAAUGGAAGGUACGCCGCUCCAAACGAUCGUGAAUGAGGCGUUCUCAUUCUCUGUUACCGUAGCUUUAAGUAAUGUGUAUCAAUGUAUUAUUUCUUUGACAUCAAAUAAAUCUUUCUAUAGCAUCAUUUCCAUUGUGAUCUACCAA